AGAAAAUGCAUUACUGCUCCGCUGGGCGAAAGUGUCUAUUGUGUGGUUGCUGUCUGAAGGGUAAAGAUGGGUUCAUUGCAAAGUUGGUUCCUGUUUUGUAUUGUCCAUACAACUAUGGUAAAAUACGUCUACACCUUCUCGAACGUGGCGCUCCACAAGCCAGCCAGUCAGGACUCCUACCGGGAGAUCUACCCACCAUCUCACGCUGUGGAUGGAAACAAAACUACAUUUCUUCACUCAGAUACAGUGGUGGCAGUCCGCUAUCAUUGGUGGGAAGUGGAUCUCCUUAACUCCUACACCAUACCUAGUGUCACCAUCACCAGCAGAGAUUGUUGCGAUAGCCGAUUCCGUAACUUUACAAUUGACCUCACGUCUGAAGUCCUGCCCUCAGCACAAGUCACGCGACUUUGUCACUACUACCCGGGGAGUUUCACCCAAUUCGCCACCCAUACCAUAGCAUGUGAUGAGACAUUUACAGCACGAAAGGUCAAGGUCACUAUGGAUUCAUCUGACGGACGACCUCUUGAUAUAAGCGAGGUCAAGGUUAAAGGUCUUCACGUGUGUGGAAAUUACUGGCUGCAAUUUACAUUGAAUGCUGGACUGAAACGCUCCGAGGUGCCGCUUGACCAGACCGUCGUCGAGUCUACACGAGCAUGUGCCCAGCGGUGCCGGGAAGACAUAGAUUGUGACGCUUUUCAGACGUUGACGUCAGCUAGUAGUGUGACGUGUCAACUUUUUAUUGGUAGAUCUGGUGAUACUAUCAGUGACACUAACUGGAAGUAUUACAGUUUUUCAGGAUGAAAGAUAAAUGUUGAGAGGUCAUUCGUUAUGUUGCUGAGUUAUGACAUUGGGAAAUAUCUGUAGAAUGUCAAGACAAUGGGCCAAUAUGCUACCACGCACUUGCACCAGGUAUUUUGUUCCGUUGUUAAGAGAUGGCGCUCUGCGACACGUUGAACACCCUGGCUACUGCCACUGUGAUUCACCGCCUCUGUGUCUAGCGUCAGAGCGUCAGCCCGGAGAACGAAAGGUUCUGGGUAAGAUCCCCGGCUGCGUCAUACCAAAAGACGUUAAAAGAUG